UAUAAAGCACCCCGGCCUGAACGAAAGGACUACUCUUCGACCCGUCUCCUUACCUGACAGUGCUUUAACAGGAUGAUGAGCAAGGCGUGGUGUGGUGUGGUGGUGUUGGCGGCGGCGGCGGUGUUGACGGCGCAGGGGGGGGCGGUGAGGACGGCCAGGCAAGCAACCCGACAAUGUGCCAAGGGAGAGGAAUGCGUGUCCCUCCGAGUCUGCCGGCCGCUACAAGAUAUAAUCGCAAAGGGAGGACCCACAGCGGAACAAACCGUACGGGCUGCCCUGUGUGGAGGAGGAGGUGGCAGGGAUUUGAGGGUGUGUUGUUCCGAGGCAGGCGGCAGUACGCGGCCCGUCUUCUUCCCGACGCCCACCCCGCCCAAGGUUAACGGCGAGGACUUGCUGCCGAAGGGGACCAAGUGCGGUCAGACCAUAAAUGAAAGAGUCGUGCACGGUGAUAACGCUCCGUUGUACGCCUAUGCCUGGAUGGCUCUGCUUGGCUACCAAGACGCAGCCAACCCUGAGUGGCACUGUGGCGGGGCCCUCAUCAACGACCGCUACAUCUUGACCGCUGCCCACUGCGUCCACAGAAACUUCACCAAUAGCCUCGGACAAGUGGUCGCAGUCAGGCUGGGCGAACUUAACACAGCCACCGACCCAGACUGCCCCUCGGCCAACGGCCACGGAUGUGCCCCCAGCCCGCAGAACUUUGUCCCCGAGGAAAUAAUCGUCCACCAGACCUUCAAUGCGCGUGGGCCGGUCAGUGACGACAUCGCCCUCAUCCGUCUGAACAAGAAGGCCGUUCUCGGACGAUCGGUUCACCCUAUUUGCGUGCCCCCCGCUGGCCUGAACGUGCCUGACUUCCUGGGGCCCCGCGACGCUACGGUGGCCGGCUGGGGCGCUACCGAGACCAAACCAAGCUCCGAUAUUCUUCAGGUGGCCGACAUCCCCUUCGCCAACAAGACCAUCUGUGAGACCUUCUACCCCCGACAGCUGGUGGAAGAGCAGGUGUGUUUCGGCGGCAGGGGUAAGGUGGACUCCUGCUUCGGCGACUCCGGUGGACCAAUCUUCCAGGCCGACAAAUUCCUCCCCCAGUACACCGUGCUUGGAAUUGUGUCACGUGGUCUGCCAGCUUGCGGCAUCCCUGGGGCCCCUGCAGUCUACACCAACGUCGCCCACUACAGGAAAUGGAUCACGGACAACCUUAAGCCAUAGAACCCUUCCCCUCUUCCCUCCCCUUCUCCCUCGCUCUCGACGAUUAUAGAAUUUCUCACAGGGGCGGAUAUCUCUCUAGAAAGCGCUUUGUUCCUCCCCCGGGCGCUAGUUCUUCCUCAGGGUGCUCUCUUACCCCUUAGUGACUUCGUUCUCGCCAGGGGUUUAUGUUCCUAUGUUAAAACAGUAUUGGGUGGCGUCUCCGAAGUCCCACCGCCAAUACUAAAUUGCCGAGUCCUCGCUUCUUCUUCGUAUAGACUAUAGAGGUUAAGAGUUUGUACGGUGAUGUUGUUGUGAUGUUGUGAUAUACUUGUAAUAAAUUAUGUUUGUUUA